CGUGUUCGGGGGUGCGGUGUGUGGGGGGAUGCGGAUAAAUUAACAACGUCUUGGCAGAAUGGGGACCGAGAUGCAGGGACCGGCGGCCGUCGACUGCGACCCCACGAACGGGAGCAACUGCAGCGCGGACGGCUACGCCGACGCGGGCAACUCCACCUCAUUCGGCUGCGCGACGCCGCCUUACUGCUCCGACUUCUACAUCACCAUGCCCAUCAUCUACUCCAUCAUCUGCGCCAUCGGGCUCACGGGCAACAGCGCCGUCAUUUACGUGGUGCUCAAGGGCCCCAAGAUGAAGACGGUGACCAACGUGUUUAUCCUCAACCUGGCCAUCGCCGACGAGCUCUUCACGCUGGUGCUGCCCAUCAACAUCGCGAACCACCUGCUCCUCAACUGGCCCUUCGGCGAGGUCAUGUGCAAGCUCAUCAUCGCCAUCGACCAGUUCAACAUGUUCACAAGCAUCUUCUUCCUCACCGUCAUGAGCAUCGACCGCUACCUGGUGGUGGUGGCCACGGUCAGGUCUCAGAAGCUGUCCCGUCGAACCUACCGCGCGGCCAAGACCGUGUCCCUGUGCGUGUGGAUGCUCGUCACGCUCAUCGUGCUGCCCUUCGCCGUCUUUGCCACCACCUACACGGACGAGCUGCACAGGACAAGCUGCGGGCUGGACUUCCCCAAGCCGGAGAAGUUCUGGCUCAAGGCCAGCCGCCUCUACGCCCUCCUCCUCGGCUUCGUCAUCCCGGUGUCCACCAUCUGCGCGCUCUACAGCACCAUGCUCUACCGUCUGCGCAGCAUGCGCCUCAACUCGCACGCGCAGGCGCUGGACAAGGCGAAGAAGCGCGUCACGGUCAUGGUGUUUGUGGUCAUCGCCGUGUGCCUCUUCUGCUGGACGCCCUACCACCUGGCGACCAUCGUGGCCUUCACCACCGACGUGCAGCAGACGCCCUUCAUCGUCGGCCUCUCCUACUUCAUCACGAGCCUCAGCUACGCCAACAGCUGCCUCAACCCAUUCCUCUACGCCUUCCUCGACGACAGCUUCCGCAAGAGCUUCAAGAAAAUUUCCGAGUGCAAGGAGGCGUCGUGAGAGAGACGGAGGGGUCGGGAGGGGGUUGAUCGAGGGGAGGGGGGGGGAGGGGUUGACGUGGCGAUCGAGAGACGGAGCCCGUGCUGGUCCAACGCCGCCCUCGGCCAGAUCCAGAAGAAAGUCUCGCCGCAGGUGUUCGCGGCAGGAGGCGGUGAUUUGACAGUCCCCUUUAAAACUCGUCUCAUGCACACGACGCGAAAAUCUUGGCGACGAACCAAGAGGCCAACGGGCAAUCAUUGCUGUGCGCACCUCUUCGGCAUCCCAACCCGUGACGUCCUCUUUAUCGCCCGGGUCGUCAUUGCCUUGGCGCAGGGUGGUGCAUAGUUCGCUUUGCGAGAGGUCGGAAUUCGUUGAGCUGCCUCCGUCUCGUGACGCGAUUGGUGUCAAGAGCACAGUUACGAUGCGACUGUGACGAAAAUAAAGUUAAACGCGUAAUGUACGGCUUCAAUCUCACGCCGCUGUUAUAAUAAUAGUGAUGAUGAUAAUGAUGACUCCCAGUCCGUUGUCAAUCCACUUAGGGAUGAAGGCCUCCCUUCCCCCACUUCGCAUCGGCCGUGGCUGUUGUUAGGCCAUACUUCACCGGGCUGGUCAGUGCGGCUACGGGUUCGUGAACGGGGUGGUUGGAGGAGGCGCGGGGUGGGAACCGGCACUUGAACUUGUCCAGAUAUCGACUCACCGCAAGAACGCCGACCACUGCUUCCAUCGCUCAAGCGCCUACCACCCCCCCCCCCCGCCCCCCUCCCCCCAACAUUGCAUUGUUAGCAACGCGGACAGAUGAUGAUAGCCACAGAAAGAAAUAGAAGACGCGUCGGAAGCCGACGACGACGGACAGACAACGCGUAAUUGGCGACAGAGUCUCCGACGCGGCCUUUGAUGGUGCCAUCAGCGAGGGUCGAUGCCGACAACAACUCCCCCCCCCCCCCGUGCGUGUGUUGUUGACAAUGCUGCGCUUGAUGGGCAGCCGCCAGGAGCGCUUCCCCGCGCCCUGCCACCUGUGCUGGCGGCCACGUGGAGGGCCGUCAACAUCGAUUCACCCUCGACGAGCAUCCCAAUUAGGGGUCGCGUGAGACGACCGUGAGGAUGUUGAGAUUGAUUGAUCGAUGGUUGCUCUAAAGCCGAGUGUGCGUCACAGCCCUCUUCCCGCGCGGUAAGAAUACGUGUUUUUGUUGAUACAGUUUCAAUAAAGUAGAUAUGUGUAUAAGUUAGGUAAAAUAAAUCACUUUAUGAGACUUUAUAUUAACAUACAAAUUAAGUAUAUUUUAGUCUAUUGGCCGAUUGGGCCUUCCAGGGAUUUCCGCAUGCUUACAGAUGAUAAGACUCGCUUUUUACUGGUGCAGUCUUUGAAAGAAAAAGUUCGGGGGUGCGUCUUAUAAUCCGGUGUGUGUGUGUGUGCGCGUGUGCGUGCGUGUGUGCGUGUGUGCGUGUGUUAGUGUAGAGCUGUAGAAACUUUAUUGGUACCGUGCGUAAGUUGUGGGUGCGUCUUACUUUCCGCAACGUCUUAAUCUCCGCAACGUCUUAAUCUUACAAUUACAAUCAUCGGGAUAAUCCUGCCCAUUUUCGCCAGCAGCCACUUGUGUAAACACGCAAAAACUCUGCCCAAAAUUCGAUCUCCCUGGGACUCAUCAGCAGAGUCGGGCGCCCAUUAAUCAAAUAGUGCUCGUUUAGCCAAUGUUAUUGGUAAGUGGCACUCCCAUCUCGAGGCUGUCAACUCAAGACGAUGUGAUUCAGAAUCUCAUAUCGCUCGAGAGUGGAGUGUUUAUGGUUAUUUAGGUGAUAAAUCACCUCCCCUCCAGCAUCUCCAUAUAAAAAGUAUAUAUACAGCAUACCGUAUUCUCCAGACGCACUUAUUUCCGUGUGUCAGUAAUGUUAUACAAAUGUGUGCAGUGUAAUGUCGAACUGCUUUCGCACCGUACGUAACCAACAUUGCCAAUUGGAGGAUCGGGAUCUGGUCACACACAUCGGAUUUUAAGACGCACCCACAACUUUUACGUUCAAAAAUGAAGGGAGUGCGUCUUAUGACCAGAACACGGUAGAAUAUAUAUACUUAAUGUAAAAAUAGUGUUCUGCUCGUGUGGUUGAACCCGCUCACUCCCCAAUUCGAGAGGGACUUCAAAGAUUCACUUUUUGGGAAGCUCCCCCCUCUUCCUCCUCCUCCCUCCUCCUUCUUCCUUCCUCCCUCCUCCCUCC